CGUUUAUGACAGAUGCUGUCAACCUAAACAACUGUCAAGGACGUUCAACGUGAACACAUUUUAACAUUUCAUCAUAGUCUUAUUUUAUUAAUUAAAAAGACUUGUUUACAGAAAACAACGCAAGAUGCCGUUGUCGUGUCGGUUUUACCAGGAGAAAUAUCCUGAGGUUGAAGAUGUAGUUAUGGUGACUGUGAGGUCUAUCGCAGAGAUGGGCGCGUACGUCCAUUUACUUGAAUACAACAAUAUUGAGGGCAUGAUACUUUUAUCUGAGUUGUCGAGAAGACGUAUUCGGUCCAUCAACAAACUUAUUAGGGUUGGGAAGACUGAACCAGUUGUAGUUAUCAGAGUAGAUAAAGAAAAAGGUUACAUAGAUUUGUCAAAACGUCGUGUUUCCGCUGAAGAUAUAGAGAAGUGUACAGAGAGGUUUGCAAAAGCAAAAGCAGUGAAUUCAAUACUGCGGCAUGUUGCGGAACUGUUGCAUUACGAGAGUUCAGACCAGCUGGAAGAGCUGUAUCAAAGAACUGCUUGGCAUUUCGAAGAAAAAUAUAAGAAGAAGGCAUCAGCAUUUGAUUUCUUCAAACAGGCUGCUGUAGAUCCAUCUGUGCUCAAUGAAUGUGGACUUGAUGAGAAUACAAAACAAGUUCUAUUGGAAAAUAUCAAACGCAAGCUUACUUCACAAGCGGUGAAGAUCCGAGCUGACAUUGAGUGUGCAUGCUACGGUUACGAAGGUAUUGAUGCGGUGAAAGCAGCGCUCAAAGCAGGCCUUUCACUCUCUACACAGGAAAUGCCAAUAAAGAUCAAUUUGAUAGCUCCACCUUUAUAUGUGAUGACGACAUCAACGCCGGAGAAGACUGACGGUCUGAAAGCGCUGCAGGACGCGAUAGACAAGAUCAAGGAGACGAUCACACUGUCCGGUGGCGUGUUUAACGUACAAAUGGCGCCUAAAGUGGUGACAGCGACGGACGAGGCGGAGCUGGCGCGGCAGAUGGAGCGCGCGGAGGCGGAGAACGCGGAGGUCGCCGGAGACUCCGCAGACGAGGAUGAGGACCAAGUAGGUAUGGGCGACGCCGGAGACGACGAGCCUCAACAGAACGGUGCUUCCGACGAGGAAGAAGAGAACUGAGCAUAGAUAUACAGAUAUAUAUCACAGUGUACAUCCGCUAUACAUAUUGUAUCGCCAUCAAACUACUAAAUAAAAUAUACUUCCCUUUUAUACAAAUA